ACUCAUUCGAUUAUGUGCAUCGUGUGCAGUAGCAAUUGAUGCAGGUUAGUUCAAUUUUUGUCCAAACUGUUUCACAUUGACUGUUUUUUUUUCUAUUUCAUAUUUCAUCACGAUACGUUUUGGAAACGUGAUGAAUUGAAUAAUCUACUCUUUAAGAUCUAUAUUAAUGGUUGUACAUUUCUUUUUGUGAAAAAUGGGACCAUCAUCGUCAUAUUGACUGGUUGCACAUUCUUGUAAUAAAUAAAAUCAUCAUUUAAAUUUGUCUUAAGAUAUAAACUAUAUAUAUCCCAUAAUGUCUGACAAUAGACGAAAUGAUCUCUACAUCAAUGCCAACACUCCAUCACAUCUAAUCAACUAUCGACCGAAUGUCUCGCAUCAACUACAACAACCGUCUUUUGAUCAAAUAGCAUUGCAGCAGCUAUUAUCAAAAGAAAAGAAAGAUGUGUCAAUAGCUGCUGGUUUGAUUCGUAUCAUCACGAAACCUGAUCAUAACUGCUUCAACGAAAUGAUUUUGACCAAAAGCCCAAUGACAAUUGGUCGUGAUCUUAAAUCGGAUUUUCACAUCACAUCUAUUGAAAUUUCUCGAGUUCAUGCACGAAUCUUCAAUCUAGGUUCAUCUUGGUAUCUAGAAAACUUACGCAGCACAAAUGGUGUAUAUGUAAAUGGUCAAAAAGUAGCUUGGCGAGUGCGUUUGACCGACAAUUGUUUUGUGACAUUUGGGCCGUUUGAAAGUUCGAGUUUUCGUUAUGUUUUCGUUGAAAAUUAUCAAGUUUUUAUGAAUAUGCAAAGAAAUGCGACAUUGGGCAAAACAAUUCAAUGCUCAUUUGUGCUUGGUGCUGGUACAGCUACUGGUGACAUUACCCAUCUGUCUACACAACCUGGUGAAGAUGAUAUAAAACGUGACUUUGAUCGUAAACAUUUCGAACAAUCGAUGACAAUCAAUUUGAUGAAAAUUAAAUCGGAUUUUUCUAAAUUUGAAAAAGAUUUCAAAAACAAAAAACAAGAGUUGGAUUCAAUUCGUGCAGAAGCAGAAAUGGUCGGAAAGGAAUUGAAACGGAAAGCAGAAAUGGUGAAAGGUCCGGAUGCUUUGAAAAAUGUUCUUUUAAAUGAAAUAUCCUGCUCCGUUUGCUGUGAUAUAAUGCACGAACCAACCGUUCUCAAUUGUGAACACACAUUCUGCUUCACAUGCAUCAAUGCCUGGAGUCGUCGCGGUAAACAACAGUGUCCCGUUUGUCGCAAGAAAUUUUCACGGAUGACCAAAUCUAUUCGAUUCCAUUCAUUGAUCAAUCUGAUUCUCGAUCAUUAUCUCAGUGAAGAAGAAAAGAAAGAGCGAAAAGAAUCGAUCGAAUCUCGGCUCACCGAUCCAGCGUUCACCAAUGAACAUAGCAAUGAUGAAUCGAGUUCACAUGGAAACUUGGAUGAAAUUCUUGCCGGAUUAGAUUCAUCGUUUCGUGAUGCAUUUUCUACUCUGUUGAAUUUUUCAAACUCUCAUCCAGAAUAUAAUGUUGGCAAUGACAGUUAUGUAAAUUUCCACGAUGCAGUAGAAAUUAUCGACGAAGAUGAAGUGGAUGGAGAGAAUGAUGCAAAUGGUAAUCUAUUCAUCUAUGUUGAUGAAAGUGAUGAAAAUGACAACGAUGAAGAUGACGAUGACGAUGACAACAACGACGACGACGAUGAAAGCGAUGUGUCAUUGGAUCAAGUAGAGAGUAUGUCACCAUCAUCAAAUUCUGUACAUGUACCGACAUCAUCCUCGCCACCGGUGUUGUCGAUAUCGUCAAACUUUCCCGAUCAAUUCCGUCUUCGACGAUUCUUCAAUUUGAUCAGCAGAGCCAAUGAAUCGAUGCUCAAUUUUGAUGAAAAUUUUGGAUCAUUUUCAAAUAAUCUGUUCACCACCACCACCACCACCACUGACAAUAAUAGUAAUGAUAAUGAUGAUAGCAACGAUUCUCAUAAUGGUGAUGAUGAUGCAGAUGCAGGUGGAAUUUCGGACAUUCAUGCCGAAGAAGAUGAAGACGAUGUAAUGGAAGUGAAUAAUGAUCAAUCUGUCAUUUUCCUCGAUGAUGUUGAUAAUGAACACGAUGACAAUGAUGUGGAUGCUUCUGCUACUGCUGAUGCUGAUGCUGAUGCUGCUGAUCAAGGUUUAAACCAAGUUCGUAUUGCGAAUGGAGGUAGCAGUCGACGACGUGCCGUUGGAAAUGGUGGUGUUCGUAAUUUGAAUCGUAAUCGUCGUCCUGUCGGCAUUGGCCACAAUGCUUCAAAUCGUUGGAAUGUACGACCAAUGCGUAACAAUAAUCGUCAGUCUUUGAUUCAACAACGAUUACAUCGAAUACGGAAUCCGCCGUAUCCAAGUCGCAAUGGUCAAUCCAAUGAAUCUAUGCCUUUGGCUUGAUACUAUACUAUUGGACAAGUAAUAACUUGAUUGUGAUCAAAUGAUUCUAACUGGUCAUUCAUUUAAUAAAUUGAUUCGUUUCAAA